AAACCCCCAGUAAAAGGAAAAAGAAAAAGCAAAAGCAAAAAAUGGGAUCAUCUUCAACAGUGAGAGCAGUUGGUGCAAUUCUCCACAGAUUCACUAAUGGGGUUCCUUCCAAUUCCUUUAUUGUUUCUAGAAAUGGCCUAUUAAAAAGCAGCAGGAAAUUGUUGUCGUCAGCAUCCUCAGUAUCGUCGUCCACUCCAUUGUAUCAAGCUAGCAUUAACAGCCAUGAGCAUCAACUCCGAAGUAUAUCCACUUUCCCUCCACUUUGCAUGGGCAGGCGCUCUUCUAAGAUUGCCGGAAGAAAGGGAGCUCAAGAUGCAAAGAAGGCUAAACUCUACUCAAGGAUUGGAAAGGAAGUUGUAUCUGCUGUAAAGAAAGGUGGUCCUAAUCCAGUAUCAAAUAUGGUUCUCGCCGCUGUACUUGAGAAAGCCAGGGAACUUGAUGUACCCAAGGAAAUUUUGGAGCGUAACAUCAAGAGAGCUUCGGAGAAAGGGCAAGAGGCUUACAUUGAGAAAGUUUACGAGGUUUAUGGUUAUGGUGGAGUUAGCAUGGUAGUCGAGGUCUUAACAGAUAAAAUAACCCGGUCUUGGGCAAAUGUUAGGGAGGUAGUCAAGGACUAUGGAGGAAAGAUAGCAGAUCCUGGGUCCGUUAUGUUCAAGUUCAGGCGUGUUCGAGUUGUGAAUAUAAAAGUCACUGAUGCUGACAAAGAUCAGCUCCUUGCUAUUGCAUUAGAUGCUGGUGCAGAGGAUGUUAUUGAGCCUCCAGCAUAUGAAGAUGAUACUGAUGAGGAUAGGUCAGAGAGCUCUUAUAAGAUUGUAAGUUCAGCAGAAAACUAUGCGACAAUACUUUCAAAGCUACGUGAUGAAGGAAUAAAUUUUGAGACUGAUAAUGGUUCCGAGCUACUUCCAAUAACCACCAUUGAGGUCGAUGAUGAGGCUAUGGACUUGAACAAAGAACUUUUGUCUAAAUUACUUGAACUUGAUGAUGUCGAUGCUGUUUAUACUGACCAGAAGUGAUAUAUAUCUGGACCAUUUCAGUUAUGGAAAUGAAGUUUUGAUGCUGUGAGUCAGUUAAGUUGUAGUUAGUGCACUAGCCACAAUCUUGACUGCAUUGGUGCUCAGUUUAGCUGGGGCUUUCAUAAAGGACCUUUAUAUUCUUCAUCUGAUUCUCAAGUUUCAAUUAUCUUUGAAAAUGGAAGGAGGAAGAAGAGGUGGGGGAUUUCAACUCAUAACACAGUUUAAAGGAUCUUCUCUUUUAUUCUUAUUACAAAUUCUAAAGAGCUGCCAUGGCUGAAACCACUCCUUUUAUUAUUAUUAUUUUUAUUGUUUUCUUUCUUGAAAAUAAAUACAUCCUAUUCCUUUUUGAUCAUGAA